AAAAGUGUACCAUUUUCAGUAUAAAAGAUCUCUGGCUUUGCUAUAUUUGUUUUAAACUAUGACCCGGAAGCUACACGACACUUCCGCUGUUUGACAGUUACGAUAGCAGCACGCGAGUACUACACUGCCUACAGCAUUACACAAAGCAGCACUUGUAAGUGGAAAUGUCGAGCCUGUCAGCAGCUAGUAUUGAGUCUUCACCUGCUAUAGAGGGGACAGAGCAGAAGAAGCCUCUGAAAGCUUGCUGUGCGUGUCCUGAAACCAAGAAGGCAAGAGAUGCCUGCAUUAUCGAGAAGGGGGAAGAAAGCUGCACAGGCCUAAUAGAAGCCCACAAGGAAUGCAUGAGGGCGCUUGGUUUUAAGAUCUGAUUCCAACAUGAUGUGAUUGCGUGGAUGUUUGUGACUGGCUGUGUGAAAUGGACCUGGUGUGUGCUUCAUUUUUAUUUAUACUUAAACACUGAAAGGAAGAUUAUGUGGUACAGAUUUUUUUUUUUUUUUAUAGGGAAUAACUUUGUCUUUUUAUAUGUGCAUAUUGAUACUUAAGAUGAAUAAAGAUCAUAUGCAAGAUGUUUUGUCACUCUCUCCUAAGUUUACCAUUGAUAAAUAAAAAUGAAGAGAUUUCUAUAAUGAAGUCCCUGUUGUUUUUUUGUCUUUAGUGUGUAUUUGAAUUACUCAUCCUAAUCUAUAUUUAAUCACUGCAUUUUUGCUAAAUGAUCGAUGCUGCAUUGGUUGCUGACACCAUGUAAACCAAGCUUUUUAUUUGGUACCAGUGUAAAAAUUAACAGAUUUGUUUUUCUGGUAUGCUAUUCUGGCCUGUAUCAAUUCAAUCUUCCUACUCUUUUGAAUUCUCUGUGCCUUUGUUUGGUUUGUGUCAGCUGCACUAGACUAUGCUCGUAGGCCUAAAAUAGAGCUGCUGCUCCCAGAACACUCUAAUCUGAGGAAAACACACAGCAGUGCUUUUAUUAUGUACGUACACCUGAUGUGAGCAGAGCAAAUGAAACUCAACAUUUGCAUUUUCCCCCUAAAGAUUGGUCUCUUUUGUUUUUUUUGUUUCAUUAAUCCCAUCAUAGGCACAGUGAGUUUAAUGUGUGAAUUUAUUGUUUUCCUUCUGAGUUAUUAAUCAUACUGUUCUUUGUAUUUACAGUACUGUUAAGGUUAACUCGACAUCUAUUCAAAGUCAUAUUUGAAUAAGAUUAUGCUUGUUAAAGUAACUAAUUAGUUAUAAAUAUAAUAAUUUAUAAAUGUAAUAUUCACAAUUAUAUGCACACUUGCUGCAGACAAAAAUAAA